UGCGUGAUUUUCUUGAUUAUAAGUUUGGGUCUGUUAAAGCAAACUGUUCUUUUAAUAUUUUGGAUUGAAAUAUUUCAGUAGAUAUACAAUAUACCAAAUGAUUCAAGUUUUUAUAUUUCUCUUUUAUGUGUUUUUAACUAUUAAUUUCUUAUAUUUUGAGUAUAACUUUGGAAGGUUUGCCGUAUGCAAUAGACUGAAUAGCUGAUUUUGUAUGACUUAACGAAAAAUGUUGGAUUAUUUUUUAAUGUUUGGUAUCCUUUUUUCCCCGGUGUACUUCUGGAAUGGCAAAGCAAGUAUAUAGUUUUAGCGUAUUUCGCUUUUUACUUAACGGUUGUUAGACGCCUUUGAUUUUUUUGGACAUUUUCCAUUUUUAAUUCAUAAUUUUUUUUAUAACUUUUUUUGUUGUACAUGCUUAUAUUUUUAGAUGUUUUGUUUCAGCGUUUAUAAAUAUAUAAUAAUGCAGAUUGUGAGCAACCUCAAUCCCAGGGCUUUUUCUCUUUUUGCCAUCCCGUUAUAAAAGAAACAAAGAGCCCGGGGUCGAGGUUGAAAUGUGAGUUUUGAAAAUUCAAAUUACUGUGUUGUAUGUUUUUGUUUGGUAUCCCUUACAUCGGUUUAAUGAAAGAUUCAGUGGAUUCUUCCACGGGAAUUCGGCUAGUUAGAUAAUAAUAGCAUUAACUAUUAAUAGCAUAAAAUAAUAAUAAUGAAUAUGUAAUAAUAUAAUAGCCAGGCCACAUUCAUGUAUCUGUCCAAGAUUUGGUUGACUUAGCUCGAAAUCCCCAAAUUGCCCCAAAUUAACAUAUAAGGUAUAGCACUAAAUUACUUACCAAAAAAGAAAUGCAAUUCCCUAUAGAACUGUUUAGACAAUAAAGUCCCUUGAACGACUCUCAAAACAAUUCUUAGUAGGACUAUUUCAAAACCUUUGAAACAAAGUUUAUACAAAACGAAUGUCCCACAAAAAGGCACAUCAUUCAUUUACCUAUUAGAACACCAUUGCAUAAGUGCCUUAUCUGAGAGAUGGGUAUUUCUCUGGUAACAGUUACUGGACCACCUUCCUAUAAUCUUAAUAGCUGAAUCUAGGAUAAUAUUUCCCAUUGGGAAGGACAAACCAUAUUUUAACCUGGUCUCUCCAAAACGAACAUUAAAUAUUUUCCUGAAAGAGUCUGUAAUAAAACUUUUGAUUUUCAUGUUAAAGGUACUGCUAUUCAGAACUUAAAUGGAGAUAAGUGAGUAGUAGGAUCAAAUGAUGUGUUUGAUGAUCAAAGAUCUCAAAAGAUCAAAUAGGCAAACAGUAUAAUGUACUAAACAUCUUCACAUGUAUUUAUCAAAAAAUGUGAAUCUGGGUUUUUCAAAUCUUGUAAGUGGGGUGGUGUAAUAGGUAUAAUGUCUGUUGGCUAAUGUUGGCUGAUAGUCUGUCAAAUUCCUCUCAUGACAAUUUGCACAGAGUCUCAGCCUUGGUAUUGUAUUCCACAUAGUAAACUUUAAUGGUGGAAUAUUUAAUCCGGGAGGACAUGAAGGUGAUGUAUAACUCAUGGUUCAUUACUAUUAAUGGAAACAUCAACAUCAACAUUAGCACAAUUGAUAGUAGAACAUUUGGUAGGUUUUAAGUCCAAAAUAGCUAGCUAGUCUGUUAUUUAAUAAAGGGUCGAUAUCAAAGAAACAAUUCGUGGUCAACCUAAGCAAUCCAGCAUUGAAACAGGAGGGUGGGAUGCUGCUCAGCAUAUGAGCACUGCUCCUUGCACUGAUUGACCUGUAAGCAGGAGAGUAAAUAAGCAUAAACUUGCCAUAGUGGUUGGCAAUGAAGAAAAACAACAACCAUACAAGCCUUGUAAUAUGCUUACACCUGCAUUAACCUGUCCAUUGUAUGUGCACAAUAGCCUUGUGGUCCAUGUAGGUGGUGACUUUGUUAUCAAACCAAGUAUGAUAACUGUGGUGGAAAAGUCAUCAACCUACACAAAAAGAUCCAAGCACACUUGACCACGUUACAUGCAAAAGACAAACUGACCUUUUUUGUACUUUUUUUGAUUCUUAAGCUUUUAAGCAGAACAGGUUUUUGUCAUUUUAGAGUUAUAAUACGUUGAAUUUUAAGCUCCGUACCAUAGCAUAUACAAAACUUACACGUAUAUAACAUAAUUUAUCGCAUUUUAAGGUUAGCAUUUAUGUGUGAAACAGUUGAAACAUAGCCUUUCUAUUAUUUGAUUCCUUGACACUAUAAUAACUAAAUGCAACAAUAGUUACAGAAUAUUUACAUGAGCUAAUGAAAUUUUGUGUGCAAGACAUGAACUGCUUUGUUUUCAACAUGCAAAAAUAGCUCCGGUAUUUAACAAUAGGUUAACAAUAACAACAGAAGUUCUGGCACAACAGAAAGCUUGUGUGAAGGUGAUAUAAUAUUGUGCAUGUAGAGUUCAAGCAGUACUGUAGGUUGGACAAAAAGUAUAUACAACUUUGUUAUAUAUGUGACGCUUCUUCUUUUCUUCUUUUAGAAGAAGUUAACAUCAAAAUGCUAUUUGUAAUUGUCACAUGUAGAAGUCUAUUUUGGAUACUGUGUUCAGUUGGCACAUUCAUGUUGACAUUCACAGCUCUUGCAACACCAAAGUGGAUCAUUGCAAAAGAAAAAGAAUAUAAAAGGGGGUUUAAUAACAGUAUCAUCGAAAAAUACAAACCCACCCUUGGACUUUAUAAUAGAUGUAUUUAUGAUAAAAUUGAAGAGGAAGGUAGAUGCAUUGUAGUUCCGAAGUUCGCGUUAAUACCAGGAGUUGCGUGGAGAGCCUGCAUUAUUUUCCUUGCGGCUGCAGUAAUUCUUUUAGCAGUUGCUGCCAUAUUUGCUGUUAUUAGUUUUUGCAAACAAAUUGUACGCCGCAAAUCACUGAUGAACUUGGCUGGUAUAAUGCAAGCAAUAGCAGGCAUACUUCUUAUAGUAGCAAUAAUUCUUUUCCCACUUGGAUGGGAUAACAAUCUUGUAAAGAGAUAUUGUGAAAGUGGUGGUGAAGAAGCUGGAAAAUUUAAGAUUGCAUCGUGUUCAGUUGGUUUGGCAUACUUUGCUGCUAUUGGCGCUACUGUAGCUGCAUUUUUUUGCUCCAUGUUUUCAUUUGUUGCAGAUAAAGCUGUUUUUUCCGAUGCAGUUCAAGAUGAAAUAUUAGAAGGAAAACGUUUAAUUUGUGUACCAUAGUGUUUUUUAGUAGCAAUUUAUAUUUUGUGAUGUUUUUUGUCACAGAAAGUAAAUUCUAUGAUUUUUAACGAUGGCAUGAUUCAUGUCCAAUAACGAAAAAAAUUAUUGUUCCAAGUUUUUAAUUUGAUUUAGCUUUCAUCCUUACUUUUUCCUAUAUCUACUUUCGUAGUUGUGUGUUGCUUUCACACGGUUAAAGUUGAUAUCGAGUAUUUUUUUUUAAUUUUAACAUGCAGUAAUCACUUUAUUUAAAAUUUUACUGUGCAGCUUUUCUAAUUCAUGUUUUCAUUUGCCAACAUGGAUGACGAUCCUUGUAAUUCCUGUCAUUAUUAUCUUUUGUAGAGAAAACUUUUUUAUACAAAAACUUCUUAAAUAAAUGAAACACUGGAUUUAAUUGCUUAUUAUUGGGGUACUAUUUAAUGUGAAUGAUUUGUGCAGAAGGAGCUAGCAUUUUGAUAUUUAAUUAUGUACAGAGAAAGUGACAGGAAAAUAUUAUAUUGCAGAUUAUCGUCAAAAACAACUUCUAAAUUACUCUAAAAUCUAAAAGCAACUGUCCAAAUCUAUGUUGGUUUUAUAAUAAUUUUUUUUUCACUGAUCAAGAAAAACAUGUAACUUGUGUUUGGAAAAUAUGGUUCAGUGUGGUUGACUCUACAUGAAAAUAAGUAGAGAAUUAAUUUUAAUAAAAAGACCAUUGGAAAUUAUAGGACUAAACCAAGAACAUCAAAUGUGGAAAGUUGAAUGACUGACUUAAGGCACCUUAACUGUUAAAUGUUGUUAUCAAAUUGUGUUGGAAAGAUUCACAUUCACAUUUUAUAAAGUUUAUAAAAAAUUAUCCCUUUAAAUUACUGUUUUUUACAGCAAAUCAUAUUAUGGAUGUAAACUUAGAAUUAUUGUUUAAAGUAGUUUUUUUUACAUAGUAAAGUACAAUAUGUUUUUGUGUGAUUCAUAUGAUUUUAAUGUGAGUUCCAAACUUACACUCAUGCACUUGUAAAAAGAAGUCAAUUUUUCUUUUUGAAAUGUAAAAUUCCAAUAUUUAUUUUGUGAAUAUUAUUUUUAGAAUGUCCAUUAUGUAAAUUAUGAUUUUCUUCUCUCUUUGUUCAUGACUUCAAAGUUGUUUUUUGUUGUACCUUUAAACAAUAUUUUUUAGUUGUAUAGUACAGGCAAGGUGCUUGGUUAUAUUAUAUUGUAUACUAUAAUUCUAUUCCUGAUAAAUUUAAUGGGCUGCAAUAACCCAGUUUAAAGGAAAAAAUUAGAGCUGCUCAGUUGAUCCCAUGUUUAAAUGGCAUAUGGGUUAGAUUGGCUUGGCUGCAUUUGCUGCCAUUCACAGAGAUUUUUAUGAGCUUUCUUAUACCACAGGGCUCUUAUAGCAAUGCUCAUUUGAUGAUGCAAAUUCAUCAGAGAUGACACAGCUGAAGUCAAAUUUUCUGGUUCUAAUAAAAUGGGGAAUUGGCAAAAUCAUCCUGUGAGAAAGAAUUUUCACCCCAACCAGGGUUUUCUACUUUGGACCCAAUCUGUCAUAAUAUUGCAACUCAGCAUUUUUUACUUUAUUUUACGUGUUAUUUUUUAAUUACUUUUGUGUUAUUUUUGUUAAUACACAUACCCAAUUUGGAAUCUUUAUCAAUGCUACGUUGUAAGGUUCUAUUUUUGUGAAAAAAAGGAUAGUUUUGUUCAAAGGGUCUUCCUUAUAUAUGUACGAAUAAAUAUAAAAAAACUUUUAAAUUUUUAUUGCUUUUUUUUGUUUGUCAUUUAUAUUAUAUACAAAAUAUAAUUUUUUUAGAUAGAGAAAAAAAAAUUACUCACCUUGUAACUUUGGGAAGAAAGACUUUAUAUUUUAAUCUAAGUAUAAAACCUACACUUUAAGUGUAUUAACAUUUCAUUCUCCCUUUGCUGUGUUUACUUUUUCCAACCACUUAAUUGGUGUCAUGUAUAGUUGUGAAAGAGGUCUAUUGUUUAAAGUUGUGUUCAGUUUAACAUAAAGUACACUUUCCUAAGAUGUUAAAAAUUUUUAGAAUAAAAAUAUUUUUGGACAUUAUUUUGCUUCCAAGUCUUUAAGGAAAUUUUUAUUUUAUAGGAAAAUAUAAUUAUUUUUUAACCUGUUGUUUACUACUUGUAAAGUUUUUAUUAUUUUUGCAUGUAGCUUGCUUUUUAAUUUUUCACUAUUCAGCAAACAAUAGUUGUCUAUCAUGCACAUUAUAUUGAUUAGUCUAAAUGCCUCUUAAGUUUUUAAAAGCUCAAGGCACUUUAAAGUGUUUUUAAGUAACUUCUCCCAUCUGGUGUAAUAAAUAGUCUUAAUGUUUUUGUUUUAAUUAAUUUUGAUUUAAUUAGAUUUUGACUUAUAAUGUACUCAGGCUGGGUUUGGGGGUUGUAAGUCUUCCUUUGGCUUUUUUUAAUAGAAAUGCUUGUGUUUUUUAAAAAAGGCUUCUAUCAAUGUCAUAUGGAGUUUGUUAUUGUUAUUGCACCAAAAUCAAGAACCAAAAAAAUAUGCUGAUAAAAGUAAAAGCAUAACAAAUUUCCUCACAAUUUUAGGUGAUUAAGACUACCCUGUAGUACUGAACUUCCAAUUAGCCUAAAUACAAUACUGUUCCAAUAAAUUUUUGUGAUGAUACCAGUUUUAUUAUUAAAGAACUAACCGCUUUUGUUAAUUAGAAUUAACUUAUACAAUUGACGUUUGAAUGAUGUUUUUUUUCAAGUCAAGUAGGUGACGUAAUGUGUUUGUAGACUUUAUGGUUAGUGUUGUUCAUUUCAAUGUGUUGUGUUUUUUUGACAGUUAAAAAGGUGAUUUAUGCUUUUCAUUAGGAAUGCAUGAUGUGUUAAA